AUGGCAUAUCAACUGUUUAAGAAGAACCAGAGGACUCCCUCGUCUUCUGCUCCUUCUACGCCUUCGUCGUCUCCGCGUCAACCCUCAAACCCUCCAAUCCACCCCCCUCCCGUUCAGCCGCCUCAAUCCGCUGUCGCAAACGCUUCUGGACCUAAGCGCUCCAAGGAAGAGACAUUUGACCCAUAUCCUCAUGUUCCAGCUGGAACUGCGACUCCACACUCACAUAUCACUGUUGAGAAAGUAAACACGGCGCAUAUCCCUUCAUUGACGCGCAUCACGGGUUUACUCCUGCCAAUCCGCUACCCUAACUCGUUCUACACGGCUACAAUAACUGAUCCGGUGAUCGCUUCUCUGUCGCGGGUUGCUAUUUACCAUGAUCACCCCGUUGCGGAAGUUCCAGGGGUUGGUGUGGCUGGGACAGACAAAGUGAUCGGUGGCAUUCGGUGUCGGCUGGAGAGGAUUCGCCAGCUCGAGGACUCGUCCCAGGAACCUCAAAGACAGGGUAAUGGAGACACUACAAAUCUCUAUAUCCAGACCCUACAUCUGCUCUCGCCAUAUCGAGGCCAUGGUGUGGCAGCAUCACUCUUGAACGCGCUUCUCUUCGCGUCGCCGCCAGACUCCAAGAACAAAGAACUAUACCGGGUUUCUGAGCUUGUCAAGCACUAUAACAUUCGUUCUGUGACAGCGCAUGUACAUGAGGCAAAUGAAGAUGCCAUGAACUGGUAUAUUGCGCGCGGCUUUAGGGUUGAUGGCCAUGUGGCCGAAUACUAUCGUCGACUGAAGCCUUCUGGCGCAAAGAUCGUCCGACUAGAUCUGCAGUGGGACAAAGAGACCGUGGAAGAAGCUUCCCCGGAAGAAACAGGCACUCGAAAAGACUCUCGCAGUGAAACUGACGACGAGGACUGGGAGAAGGUAGAGGCGGAGGAUGGCGAUGAAGGUGACCAUGGCAUCCAGCUGUUGAGUGAGUCGCGCGUCCUUGAGAAACAAGAAACGCCCUCGCGCAAGCGUAAGGCUGAGGAAGAUGACUAUCCACAUCGAGGCGAGUGA